AUGGAUUCAAAGCAUAAAAUUGAUGUUAGUUCAAUCUCUCUCUCUCACCCUUUUCGUAACAUCGAAGGACAAAAGUUAUUCCUACAGCCCCCAACUUAUGGAAACUUAAUCACAGUUCUCAGCAUUGAUGGAGGUGGAAUGAGAGGCAUUAUCCCCGGAACAAUCCUCAGCUUUCUGGAGUCGGAGCUACAGAAGCUGGAUGGUGAGGAUGCAAGAAUUGCAGGCUACUUUGAUGUGAUUGCAGGGACAAGCACAGGUGGGCUUGUGACUGCCAUGCUUACUGCACCGAAUGAAAAGAACCGUCCUUUGUUCACAGCCAAGGAUAUCAAAGACUUCUACCUCGAAAACUGCCCUAAAAUCUUUCCUCAAGUCUGCUCUCCAUUUCCUCAUGUAACGAAGAUAAUUAAAGCCCUAUCGGGACCAAAAUACGAUGGGAAGUACCACCACAGCAUUGUUAAGGAAAAACUAGGAAACACAAAACUACACCAGACAUUGACUAAUGUCGCAAUACCAACGUUCGACAUCAAGAGACUCCAGCCAACAAUUUUUUCCACCUAUGACGUGAACAACCACCCAAGCUUGGACGCCUCACUCUCAGAUAUAUGCAUUGCAACUUCAGCAGCACCAACAUACCUUCCAGCACAUCAUUUUGAAACAAAGGACCCCGUUGGAAAAGUGAGAGAAUUUAACCUAAUUGAUGGUGGAGUGGCUGCAAAUAAUCCGACUUUGAUUGCAAUCGGUGAAGUAACAAAGCAGAUCAUGCAGGAAAAUCCCGACUUCCUUGCUAUUUCAAAAAUGGACUAUGGUCGUUUAUUGGUUAUAUCCCUUGGAACUGGCUCGGCAAAGGCUGAGGAAAAAUAUGAUGCAGAUGAAGCAGCUAAGUGGGGUACGCUGGGGUGGUUAACCAGUGCUGGUUCCACCCCAUUAGUUGAUGUGUUUUCUCAAGCAAGUGCUGAUUUGGUCGAUUUCCAUCUCUCGGUUGUUUUUCAAGCCUUUCACUCCGAAAAUAAUUACCUGCGUAUUCAAGAUGACUCACUAAAUGGGAUAGUAUCUUCGGUCGAUAUAGCUACCAAAAAUAAUUUAGAGGAUCUUGUGAAGGUUGGGGAAGGAUUGCUAAAAAAACCAGUUUCAAGGGUAAAUCUGGAGACAGGCAUUGUUGAGCCAACUAAUGAAGAAACUAAUGAAGAGGCUAUCAGGAGAUUUGCAAAAUUACUCUCCGAAGAGAAGCACCUUCGCAAUGCUAGAUCACCACUUGGACGCGCUGCAAGUUAA